AUGUCGACUCCCAAUCCCCUCAAAGAGACUCAGUCAACCCCUCCCCCUCCGGUCUCCGUCAAGACCUUCCACAUUGCCGGCAUUCUCACGGAUGUUUAUGGUUUGGAUGAGCUACCGCAGACAUGUAAAUCAGUGUCUUGUCUCUGGCUUCUGCAUGGAAGACUUCAGUCCAAAGAAGUAAUGGCCGGCGUUGCUUCUGCAUGCAUCAAUGAUUGGAAGCUGCGGCGGCCAAGCGGUAACGAGGUCGGCCUCCUGGCAAUAGCCUUUGAUCAGCGAAAUCACGGCAGUCGACUCAUCAAUGCCCUGGCAAACGAGGCCUGGAAAGGGGGCAACGAGACUCAUGCUCAGGAUAUGUUCAGUGUUUAUCAUGGCACCGCCCUUGAUACCAGCUUUCUUAUAGACCAUUUGGGAUCUUACGUUCUCUCUGGCCCCAAUGCACCACAUAUUGACCAGCAUUUGAUCCUCGGGAUCUCCCUUGGUGGUCAUGCGGCCUGGCAAGCGUUCUUCAACGAUCCUCGAGUUACUGCAGCUAUUGUCAUCAUUGGAUGUCCUGACUAUAUGCGUUUGAUGAGUGACCGUGCCCGGCUCUCUAAACGCGAAACAUAUACGACGUCCAACGGCGCAGGAUUCUUUGGAAGCAACGAUUUCCCGAAAGCACUCAUCUCCAGCAUUCAGAAAUCCGAUCCGAAGGGAAUGCUGUUCGGGACUUCUGAGAUCCAGUCCAACCCGCCUGAGAGUGAGCAGAGACGUUUCCGUGAGAUAUUCGACACGAAAAUCAAAGGCAAGAGACUACUUGUCUGUUCAGGAGCAGAUGAUAAGUUAGUCCCGUAUCAUUGUGCGGAGCCGUUCAUGCAGUUUCUCAAGGAAGCAACGAGCACAUGGUACAAGGAUGGAAAUGUCUAUGUUGAGGAUAAUGUCUAUCCGGGGGUGGGACAUGCCUAUAGUCCAGACAUGCUUAGAGACACUACCAGAUUCGUCAGUGACAUCUUGGCAGGCUCAUCGAGCAUUGGUGGGAAAGGGGCGUCCAAAAUGUAG